AUGUCCGCCAAAGCCGAGAAGAAGCCUGCCUCCAAGGCCCCAGCUGAAAAGAAGCCAGCUGCCAAGAAGACUGCCUCCAGCAUGGACAGCAACAAGAAGAGAGUUAAGGCCAGAAAGGAAACUUACUCUUCUUACAUUUACAAGGUGUUGAAGCAAACCCAUCCAGACACUGGUAUUUCUCAAAAAUCUAUGUCGAUUUUGAACUCUUUCGUCAACGAUAUUUUUGAAAGAAUUGCCACUGAGGCUUCCAAGCUAGCUGCUUACAACAAGAAGUCCACCAUUUCUGCUAGAGAAAUCCAAACUGCGGUUAGAUUGAUCUUGCCAGGUGAAUUGGCCAAGCACGCCGUUUCUGAAGGUACCAGAGCUGUGACCAAGUACUCUUCUUCGACUCAAGCUUAA